AUGGCUGCUAAUUCCCAGCAGUUUCACACAAGGAGUAAUGAUGCUGUUAAAACUGUUAAUGGGAUUGGGACAGAUCCAAGGAUGGACAAGCUUGAGAACAGGAUGGAAACCAUUGCCAGCUUGGUUACUCAAUUGGCCAUGAACCAGAAUAAACCUUCACAACAGGCAAAGGAACCUACAGAUGAGAAUCCCGAAGCAUAUGCUGCCAACAUUUUCAAUAAUCGACCUCAGCAAAAUUAUGAUCUGUCAUCUAACAGAUAUAAUCCUGGCUGGAGAAAUCAUCCAAAUCUUAGAUGGUCUGAUCAGUCACAACCUGCCCAAGCACCGUUUCAGAAUAAUGCUAGACCAUAUGUUCCUCCUCCAAUGCAACAACAGGCUAACAACCCUACUGCACCGCAAUCUAAAGAAUCUUCAUUGGAGGAUAUGUUGAAGCAGAUGACAUCCCAAAACAUGCAGUUCCAACAAGACACCAGAUCCUCCAUUCAGAAUCUGACCAACCAGAUAGGACAGAUGGCUACUUCAAUAAACCAGCUACAAUCCCAGAAUUCUGAUAAGCUGCCCUCUCAGACGGUUGUCAAUCCAAGAAAUGUGAGCGCCAUCACCUUAAGGUCUGGGAAGCAAAUUGAUGCAGAUCAUGGACCAGAGCCAGAGCCUGAACCUGAAAAGGAGACAGAGACCACUGCCAUAAGAACCUUCCAUGUACAACCACCUUCCAUUCCUCUUCCAUUCCCUCUGAAAGCUAUGCCAAGCAAAAGGAAGGAAGAGGUAGAUAAGGGAAUCUUGGAGAUAUUCAAGAAAGUGGAGGUGAACAUACCUCUACUUGAUGCACUCAAGAAAAUUCCAAGAUAUGCAAAGUUUCUGAAAGAAUUAUGCACUCAAAAAAGGAAGCUGAAAGGAAAUGAAAGAGUUCGCAUGGGGAGAAACGUUUCUGCAAUCAUAGGUAAAGAUGGUAAACCUGCUCCUGUUUCUGAUGUUCCUGAAAAGUGUGAGGAUCCAAGUACGUUUUCUGUUCCUUGUGUCAUAGGUGAUACUAAAUUUGAAAGUGCCAUGCUAGAUCUAGGAGCUUCAAUUAAUGUUAUGCCUAUGUCUAUUUUUAAAUCACUUUCACUUGGACCUUUGAAACCUACGGGUGUUGUCAUCCAAUUAGCAAAUAGGAGCACGACACACCCUGCUGGUUGGGUAGAGGAUGUUUUGGUUAGGGUUGGUGAACUUGUUUUCCCUGCUGAUUUUUAUGUGCUUGAAAUGGAAAAAGGAUCUUCCCGUAAUACAGUUCCUGUCAUUUUGGGGAGACCAUUUUUAAAGACAGCCCGAACCAAGAUAGAUGUGUAUGCUGGAACAUUGACUAUGGAAUUCGGUGAUAUUGUGGUUAGGAACAUGAAUAUGAUUUCCUACAUGAUUCUGAUUAUUCUCCCCUAA